AUGUCGAGUGUGGUGGACCCUGUUGACGGGACGAUUACCCGGGAUAGUUGGACCUGCCCGAUUUGUACGGUGGAGGUUUCCCGGAAAAAUGCUUUCUGCCAGGUCUGUUUGCGUUCUCGACCGAUGGACCGUUGCGGUGUGCCCCAGAUCUUUGCGGGGUGCAGGAUUCACUUCAACGGAGUCAUUCCACGUACCAUCAAGCACCCAAGUCACUCUGUUGAAUGGCGCAUGGCUGAGCGUCACGGGGCGACAUGCAUCGUGGAUUUUGACGUUUCACAAGUGAACGUGCUGGUAUACCGCCCUGGAUAUGAGCGCAGUGACAAGGUACGGAGGUGCGUAGAAGGGGGAAUCAGCAAUAUUUUUGUAGUUCCUAUUACAUGGAUGCUGGACUGCCUGCUACAGUCGCGUCAGAUCCACGUUGGGCUAUAUCGCCUAACAUCUAUUCCAGCUGUGGCACAGCCAACUGGAAAAGGUCCCGUGCUUCCACACCAUCAGCACCCCUACUACCUAAUGAAUGUGGAGGAGUACGCCAUCCCAACGUCAUUCUCGCAAAAUAGGCAGAAGGAAGCAAAUGGCUCUCCAAACAAUGUUUUAGUGAACGCAAAUGCAAAUCUUCCACCUUGCUUUGAAGUCCCCGAACUGCAGUACACAAAUGUUGACGUGUUCGAGGCCGUGUGCAACGCGCAAAAGGGUAAAGCAAGUGUAGAGGAGGAUCAGGAAAAUUAUGAAGAUGCCCCUGAAACACGUAAGCGGGCGGCUAAUAUUGGGAUUCUUCGCUGCGAACAACGACACAACCGUGUUGACAGUUUUCUGUUUAGCGGGAUGAAAUUUCUUCUUACCCCCUCGCUUGAGUCUAACCCCCACUUAACACGGGCACUUAAGCUGUGCGGAGCCCAAAUAGUCUCUUCAUCGGAAGGCAGCCUUGGAAAACUUUUACGGACAGCUGUGACACACGUGCUGUACGACCAUGGCGAGAAAAAGUGCGAUGUUAUGAUAGAGGCAGCUAACGUUAAAAAGGAGCUACCUGGACUUACAUUGGCACAGGUCAACUGGGCAGAAGAUUGUCUGAUACUUGGAGAACUCGUCCCUCCAUGCGGUCACUACGUCCCAACGGAAAAGCUGCUGGCUACACUCUCAAAGAAGUUCGCUAGACGGUGA